AUGAAGAAUUGUUUCGGGUUGGAGGUCCUUCUUGAGAAGCUCUUCUCUGUAACAGCGAGGAAAUUUUCCUUCCUGCGCAGAAUCUGGUUGGUCCUCAAGACGGCAUGCAUGUCUUAUCCGGAUCCCUUCCUGCAUGCCAGGGACAGCAAGCUCAAGUGUCAGAUAGCGGACGCAUGCCACUCCAAGAAGAUGACGUUGAUUCUCGAUCUCGACGAGACUCUCGUCCACAGCAGCGUCAAGCCCCUCGACUACUACAAUUGGAAGAUUCACAUCCCGGCGUCCGGCGACCAGCGCAGCUGCACCUUCUAUGUUGCUGUUCGCCCCCACACGUCCUUGUUUCUGCAAGCUAUGUCAAGGUGGUACGAGGUGGUUGUUUUCACCGCCUCCCUCCAGCAUCUGCAGCACUACGCUGAUCCUGUCAUCGACCUCAUCGACCCUGGAAAGUGCAUCUCUCGUCGUUUUUCCGACCUUCCUGUCGGGUGGAGCAGCCAAGUCGUGAUCGUUGACAACUGUCCGGCGGCAUACAGUCUACAUGCAGACAACGGCAUCCCUAUCCAGACGUGGCACAACGACCCCAACGACGAUGCUCUCCUCUCUCUGCUACCUAUCCUCUCGGGUCUGGUGCUUCUCAAGGAUGUGCGAUCCAUUCUCUCAUUGCGAAGGAUGGGCAACAACGGGCGAGCUGUAGUGAAGCAAGUGAGCCAGUGA